CACCGCGGCCCCUCAGAGGGUGAAACGCCUAACCCGAAGAGGCGGCGGCGCUGGCGCGGUCGCCGUGUCCCGGCCGACCACCGAGGAGGCGAGUCCCAAGCCUUCUGCCAGGGGAGCCUCAGAGCGGACCCCCCGCCCUCCACACCAGAGAGGAGACCCCAGAAGAAGUUCAAGAAAUUGGCCGGGGCUGUCGCGAGUCGAAGACGCGAGGGGCUCUCGGUAACUCGCCCCUCCCUCGUCACGUGAUCACGUGGGGCGGAAAAAGGAAGCCUAAGGCUUCCUGGACGCCCGAACAGAAAUCUUCAGAAAUCCAUCCCAGCUCUUCGGUGACGGGAGCCAAUGACGCUGCCCAAACCUGGGGUCUACUACUUCCCCUGGGAGAUCAGUGCUGGCCAAGUUCCUGACGGGGGCGCCUUGAGGACGUUCGGCAGGUUGUGCCUCUACGACGUGGCCCAGUCCCGGGCGACCCUGAUGGCUCGACGUGGGUCUGAGCAGCACCAGGUGCUCGUCUGCACCAAGCUGGUGGAGCCAUUCCAGGCGCAGACGGGCUCCCUGUACAUGGUGCUUGGGGAGCUCGAGCACCAGGAGGACGGAGGUCCAGUGCUGAAGGCGCGAGUGCUGACUUGCGUGGAAGGAAUGAAUCUCGCCCUGUUAGAACAUGCCAUUGGAGAGCAGAGGACAUACCAGCAGGAGAGGGACAGCCGCCCGUAGCAACUGGUGGCUUCUGGGGACCCUCCCCCGACCCUGCGCCUGCGGUCAAGGCCACGGGAGAAGCCACAGCCGCGACAGAGGAGUCGGAGAAGAUGCAGGGACUUACCCCAGUGAUGGCCUUUUUCUGGAGCCGGAGAGAAGAGCGGGGAGAGCUUGUUAAUUGGAGAUUGUUCCAGAAACGCAGCCUGGAGAGGAGGCACCAAGGCCUGACACCCCUCCCCCAGGAGGGCACAGGAGCCGAGCCCUGGGCGCUGCGGGCUGUGGGACUCUAGGGAGGCACGGAGGGUUCCAGAAGGUCCUCGGAAUAAAGGC